AUGGCGGUGGAGACCUUCGACGGCUGGGACGGGGAAUACCCAGCCCCGGGAGGGGGGAUGGUCGUCUUCACUUGCCCUUCCAACUUCCCUUCCAAAUUCACGGACGGAAUUUCGGAGCACGCGGGCGACUGUUCCUGCCGGAUGUCUGGCGAGGACAAGAAGGAAAGAAGACUUGCUCGGAAGAAUCGGAUCAUGAGGAUGACGGGCUAUCCACUGACGCUGACAGGGUUCUCCUGCCUCCUUUGGAUCGCAUCAGCACUCGAACCCGUAGUGUAUUGGGCCGUGCACCCGGGAGAACGAUAUGCGAACGCGUCGCAGGAGGUCUCUGCGGCGCAUAUAGUGGGAUGCACCAACGAAUGCAAGAUGGAAAACCCGUCCCAGCCGUGCCUCGCCUUCAACUACAGGGAGUCGGAUGGCACCUGCCAACUGUUGUACGGGGGGAGCAGCCAGCUCGUCCUUGCGGAAGGGUUCCAGGCGUUCGUUCAGUUCCUGUGCCUGACGGACUACCCGAAGAUGAAGAACGCGAAGGAGUCCUUCGAGGAUUGGAAGGGCGAGUACCCAGCCCCGCAAGGCGCGAAGGUCGUCUUCACGUGCCAGAAGGGUUUCGUCGACGGACCGAGCGAGCACACGGCCUCCUGCUCCUGCAAUACGCCUGAUGUCUGGUGCACGACGUUCGCGCUGGGGGAGGGGGAUGUCCUCUGCCCGACGUAAUGUGAGGAUGCCA